AUGGCAGCGUCUCGCUCAAGUUCAGCUUCAGAGGGCGAGGUCUUGGAUACCCGACACAAGGCAAACACAGUCAACUCGCGCGACGAACCUGCGAUUAACGGCUCAAGCAGGUCCUUUGGACUGGAUGGUGCUUAUGAUAAUUACCGCGCAUUGAGUCGCUCCCCUUCGCCAUACCGCCGCAAGCGCACCCCGUCACGCUCUCCGUCACCCUAUCGGAGGAACCGCGCCGUCGACCGAUCGCCAUCGCCCUAUCGACGAAGCCGAGCCGACCACACUGGGAAUGAUGCAAGGGGCUACAAGCGCAAGGCAUCUCCGCCGCGCAGUCGUCCUGACAAGCGGUAUCAUGCUGAUCGUAGCAGACACGGUGACCCUCGACGGGCUCCAGGAUCUUACCAGGGAGGCUUUGUCAAGGAACAGAAGGAUGUACCAGACCGAUCACACGCCAGGCCCAUAUCCUACGCCGAAGUCGAGAACCCCAACCCCGUGCCAGACUUCCGAGAGCCGCUGCCUACCGACAAGCGACCACAGAACUCGCGUCACGGAGAUCAGCAGCGCGACAAGUCUCGUCAGUCGCAGCCACAGAAGCAACAGGCACCGUCAGAACGCCCCAAGGCCGAGGCGAACAAGGCAAGCGUGACAGAAGAUGUUGAGAUGACCUCCGUUGACGAUACGACUGAGUACACCCCGGCCCCUGUCGAAGAGAAAGUUCCCACUCAAGAAUCGCGUGAAGAGAAACGUCGCCGCUGGGCUGCUAUUCGCGCCGCUGCUUCUGAGCAACAGAAGCCGAAAGACAGUCUGCUUCAGCAGGCUGUGCUGACGAAUGCAUCUGAAGCGGCAACCCCUAAUGUCGGAUCGCCAGCGGCCCACGCCGACAGUCCCAUCUCUCCGUUCGCAUCGCCCCGUAAUGGCGACCUCGACUCCGUACCAGCUUCACCAGACGUUAUGGUAAUCGACAAACAGAACAUAAUCAGCGAGGGCAACAGUCCUGCGGUAGCGAGUCCAUCCGCGGCGGAUUACGACCCGCUACAGGACAUGCUGGACGACCGCGAUCGCGCUGCCAAGAAGAACCAGAACACCGAAGUAUCCUCGGAUGCGUACCGCGAGACCGACCCGAAAGCCCUCUCUACACUUCCAGCUGAGAAAGUAGCACCUGUCAAGAAACAAAAGAAAGAGUUCGACAUGUUCGCUUCUGAUGACGAAGACGAGGAAGAAGAUGUCGGAACUGAGGAGGCUGUUGUUGCGAAAGGCACUGUGCUUGACGAGAAGCUGCUCGACAAUUGGGACGAUCCCGAAGGUUACUACAAGCUGAUCAGCAACGAGCUAGUGGAUGGUGGACGCUAUCGCAUGAUCAAGGGUCUUGGUCGUGGUGUCUUUGCCAACGUUGCACAAGCUGAAGAAGUCAGGGCUGACACCGGAGAUUCAAAUCCCAGGAUAGUCGCCAUCAAGAUGAUUCGCCGGAACGACUUAAUGAGAAGAGCCAGUCAGAAGGAGAUGGACUUCCUGCGCAAAGUCAACGAGGCAGACCCACAAGACAAGCGUCACAUUAUUCGCUUAUUGGGUUCUUUCGACCACAAGGGCCAUCUGUGCAUCGUGUUCGAACACAUGUCGAAGAACUUGCGAGACCUGCUCAAGGAAGAGACCAACGGCCACGGCCUCACACUUCCAGCUGUCCGCAUCUAUGCGCGUCAGAUGUUUCUUGGUCUCCAGCACUUGCAGAACUGUCAGGUCAUCCACCUUGAUCUGAAGCCAGACAACGUCCUAGUCUCUGCUGACAAGAAAACUAUCAAGCUCGCCGAUUUCGGUACCGCUGUCGACAAGCGAGACGUGAUCGAGCGCACUGAGUACCUCGUUAGUCGAUUCUACCGCGCACCCGAGAUCAUACUUGGUAUGGAGGUUGGCUAUCCUGUCGACAUGUGGGCUGUGGGUUGCACUGUGUAUGAGCUAUGGACUGGUAAAAUCCUCUUUACCGGACGGUCUAACAACCAGAUGAUCAAGUCUUUUAUGGACUGUCUGGGAUGGCCAAGUGAGAAGCUGCUCAAGAAGGGUCUCGUCAACAAUAUUCUCGAUAACUUUGAGUUGGGUCCACCGUUGAAGUUCAUCAGUCGGGAGGUGGAUCAGUACAACAAGGUAAGCGCUUUUGUCCCUCUAAGAGGUAAAGCUAACGAGCCAAAGCUCUCUGUCCGUAAAAUUGAACAGCAGAAGAAGAUCAACCGCGAUAUGAAGACGCGAGUUCAUGAAGCUGCCCGAAGCAUCUCCACUGGAGGACCUACCGUGGGCGAGCUGAACGAUCUUGCGGAUCUGUUGAGCGCAAGUCUACACAUGAACGUCGAAAAGCGUCUAUCGCCAAAGGAAGCUCUCGCGCACAAAUUCUUCGCCAGUAAGAACCCCGCGCCUAAGACCGCCACACCUGCAAAGUCUGCUGUCGUCAAGCCACCCAUGAUGAAACGUGGCAAUCCAGUUGGUACCUCCACUAUUCGUCGGUAA